CUUAUUAAAUUUAUUUAUUUUAUAUUAUAUAAAAAAGCAAAUAAUACUAAGGAAUUAAUAUAUACUUUUUUGAAAAUAAUUAUUAUUAACUACGGUUUGCCUAAGGAAAUAGUUUCCGAUAAAAAGAAAUUAUUUAUUAUUAAGUUUUAG